UGUUAUCAUUUAAGUGCGUAUAAUGUGAAUACUGAUAGUAUUAUAAUUUAUAAAAAUGCAGAGCCUACAAAAACAGCAAAUGAUUCGAAUUAUUUUGGUUAUUCGGUUGUAUUUAUAAACGAUGGUCUACAAAUAGGUGCACCAAAGGCUUCAUCAAAAUUCUUCAUCAAAAAUCCAUCAAAUAAACGUGGUGCUGUGUAUCGUUGUAAAUUUAAAAAACCGUGCGAAGAGUUAGAUUUAAGAAAAUCACCCGAUAAAAAUAGAGUAUCAACAGAUGAAAAUUCAUGGAUCGGAAGUUCUAUGGAUGUAGAUUUGACCACAGGACGAACUGUGAUUUGUGGUAGUCGUUGGACAAUUAUAGAUCAUAGACUGGAUCACCCUAAUUUGACAAUGGGUGUUUGCUAUGUUACCGUAAAUAAACUAACUUUACCAAUAUUACCACUGCAUGAAAAAGGGCAAUAUUAUUAUACCUUGAACAUUACCAAAAGACCUGUGAAGAUUAUGCAACAAGCUAAUGGUCUUGCAGGAUUUUCUGCCCAUUUUCCUAAAAAGUCUAAGGUUGCCGAGCUAUUAUUAGGCGCGCCUGGCGUAUUUGAUCGAAACGGCGCUACUAUUUUGUACCAACCAGACAGCAAAACUUUUAAAAAUAAAAAUAAUAAGUUAAAUACUGAUGUACUUUUUAAAAAUGAAAUUAUUAAUUAUUUUUACCUUCCACGUAAUGCUGAUAAUUACAUAGGGUAUCAAGUUUCGUCCGGAAAUUUUAUAGCCAAAUCAGAUAUAUUAUAUGUAACAAGUGCUCCCCGAACACUGAACUGUACGGGUCAGGUGGGUAUAAUGAAAUUUCCAAAUAAGACACCGGAUCCAAAAAGUAAAAACCCAUAUGUAGAUGAUAAAAAAAAACUAUUUUCACACACAAUCGAUGGAACACAAGUUGGUGAAUAUUUUGGUGCUAGUCUAGAAGUAACAGAUCUAAAUAAUGAUGGAUUAGAUGAUUUAAUUGUUGGGUCUCCAUUUUAUACUAAACAUAUGGAGGAAGGAAGAGUUUACAUCUAUUUAGGACGUUCGAAAAAUUUUGGAGAUAAAGAAUCAACUUACAUAGAUGGUAAUGUUCCUGGCGGUCGAUUCGGCACUGCAAUAUCGUCACUUGGUGAUAUUGAUGGUGAUAAAUAUUCAGAUUUCGUGGUUGGCGCACCAUACGAAGAUGAAUAUCGCGGAGCGAUUUAUAUAUAUAAUGGAUGUGAUAAUGAAAAAGGUUUAUCCAGCCGAAAACCACAACGAAUUCGUGCUAUUGAAAUAAAUUCUAUCCUAAAAGGAUUUGGUAUAUCGAUGGCUCGGCCCAUGGAUUUAGACGGCGAUAAACAUGAAGAUUUGGCUGUUGGAUCACAUUUAUCUGGGCACGUUGUUGUCUUAAGAUCAUGCCCCACAGCAAUUUUCGAAGCCAAGUUUGAAACGAAUUCAACAACAAUAAAAGGCAAAGAAACCAAAUUUCGUAUCAAUGCUUGUAUUAAAUAUACUGGAAAAAAUAUUCCAUAUCACACGUCAAUACUUCGUUAUUUUAAAACUGAUACAACUCGAACGACUUGCGAGCAAGAUUUACGACCCAAAAAUGUUACAUUGACAAAAGAUGGUCCUAAUUGCGAAGAAUUUGAAUUUUCAGUCAAAAAUGACGCAAAUUUUAUGAGGCCAAUUACCAUAGCAAUGGCAAUUGAAUUUAUACCACCAAAAAUUGAAAAAAGUACCAUGUGGAUUGGCAAUGAAGGAACGGAAGGUUCAGAUAAGUUCACAAAUGAAUGUUUAGUAAUGAAUGACCAACUAUCAAAAUUAAAGGAUACAAUCGAUAUGAACUUUGAAGUCCAAUGCUCUGGAUGCGAAUGUGACUUAAAUUUAAAUGCUACGUUCUUAAGCCAUAAUGAAGUUAUCGAUACUUAUACAAUUGGUUCAAACCAGCCAUUGGCAUUAACAAUAACAAUUACAAAUAAUGGCGAUGCUACAGCAUUUUAUUCAAAAUUAUAUAUUAAAUUACCAAAUCAAAUGGAGAUAGCACAGACAUCGUGUGAAGGGAAUAAAACCUAUUUGGAAUGUCGAUUAAAUAAUCGAUUUGAGACAAACCAAACGAUUGCAUUAGUUUUCGACAUGGAUAUAAUAAGUUAUUUCGAUCGAUUAAAAACUCCCGAAACAAAUUUAACAUUUGAAAUAUCGAUAACAACUAAAACUGAUGAAAAAUAUUCCAAUCAUAUUGUUAGUACAUUGGAACUAAUUAGAGAAGUAGGAAUUCAAAUUACCGGAAAAGCUGAACAAGAAACAUAUUCGAAUACCGAAGAACAUAAAAUUAAUGAAAGCAUUAGUUUCGAACAUUCUUACGAAAUUCAUAAAUUUGGAGUCAGUCCUUUAGAAAAUAUGUUAAUAAAUUUAUUCGUACCAACCGAAUACUCAACACUCAAAGGCAAUACAUAUACAAUUGCUGUAAUCGAUAAAAUUCACGGUUAUUUUGCUGGCAAAGAAAUUUCUUGUCAAGUUCUUAAUGGAACAGUUCAAAAUGAAACAUUAUUUUACAACAAUUCUAGUUCAUUUAAUGAAUCAGAAUUGAUUACAAAUUCACUUUCAGAAGAUCGAACAUUCAUGUUAAAUUGUUUUGAAAAUUUGGUUAAAUGUUCACAAAUUGUAUGCCCAAUUGAAUCUGUAAUUUAUUCGGAUCAAAGAAUAAAAUUAAAUUUAAAAGUGAAUUUAUCGAUACCAAUGAUUCAAGAUAAGUUAAUCGGAAUUAAAAAGUUUAUCCAAUAUUCCACAAAUGUUUUUGCCAAGAUAGAAGAUUACACAGAAAUAAAAUUAUUAUCUAAUGACAGCAUGCAUACUGCGACAGUAACGACAAUAUUUAGCCUCGGAUUACCAGGCAAAAUAUCACUCUGGAUUAUAGUAACAGCUGCAGGGAUUGGAAUAGUUGCACUUUUAUUAUUAAUUUUCUUACUUUCAAAGUGUGGAUUUUUCCGGCGCGAGAAAAAGAAGCAAUUGGAGAAUUUAAUUCAAGAAGAAAAAAGGAGAACUAUGAUGGAAAUUGAAAGCUUUAAUUACGAGGAAACUUUUGACGUACCAAUAAACUAAAUUUUCGAAAGCAAAAUGUACCCUAUGUUCUUUCCCAGGAUUCCAUCUAUCUCAAAACCGAAAAUCAUCUAAAUUGGUUUUGCGAUUUAGACGUGAAAACGUAUCAGACAGGCAGAGUUGCUUUCCCAUUUAUAUUAUUAGGAUUCAACUGUCUUAAGAUUCACUAGGUUAAUAAAAUAGUUGUUAAUUAUAGAUAUUUAACAGUUAAUCCGGCCCAAAUAGAGGAUAAAAAUAAUUUAAAUAACACUUAAAUAUUAAUUUAAUAA